AGAUCUGCUUCAUAUCCCCUCUGUCUUCGUGCUUAGGGUUUUGGAUAAUCUUCUAUGCUUUUAACUGUCUCUGCUGCUCCCUGUAUAUAUGUUAGAUUUAAGAAACGAAUGUAUUAUUGAAGUGAAGCCUGAAAUCUGCAAGUGAUUUGUGUUUUUAUAGUGUAUUAAAUUAGUCGCAAAAUUUUCUCAAGGGGAUUUCUGAUGGUUUGUCGCGGGGAAAGAAACCUGACGAAAUGGAAAAUUUGGUAAAGGACCUGUGGAAAGUGAAUAUGAGACACCAACACGCAUCUGAGGUUCCAAACAAGGAUAUUAUAUCUCAUUUUGUUCUUCGUUUGGUGUAUUGCAGAACGGAGGACCUGAGGAAAUGGUUUCUUUCUAUGGAAUCUGCACUCUUUCGAUACCGUUUUCGUCUUCUGAAUGCUGAAGCUCAGAGGGCAGUCAUGGAUGAAUUUGACCUUCCUUACAGGGCUGUUAGCAAUGUGGAAUUUGAGAGCAUAAAAGAGAAAUUGGGACAAGUUGCACGUUCUAUGGGUCAGCCUUCACCCACUGUUGAUGCUAUCUUCUACAAGGUACCAUUUGAAGAAGUUCCAGAGCUUGUUGCUGGACGGAAAGUGUUUAUAAAUCAAGGAUAUGCAUAUGUUGCAAUGAAUCAGAUUGUUUCACUUGUAGCCACACUAUUCCGCAGUCAGCUGUCAAAGACACUCAUCCUUACUAACAGAAAAUGGACAUCUUCAAUUAGAGAACAAGAAAAACAUAGGUGGACUCCUAUUGUGGAAGCCCUAUGCUCAAGUGAUCUGGGUCCUGAUUAUUCUCAGUCAAGAGAAUAUGGUGAUAUGUCAUUAAAGGACAUUGAUCAAGUUGCCAAGAGCUCAUUUCCUUUGUGCAUGCGUCACCUAUUUGAUAAGCUGAGGGAGGAUCAUCAUUUAAAGCAUGGAGGGAGGAUGCAACUAGGCCUCUUUCUCAAGGGUGUUGGCUUGAAUUUGGAUGAUGCACUUGCGUUUUGGAGGGCGGAGUUCUCUAAAAAGGUUGGUUUGGAGAAGUUUGAGAAACAAUAUGCGUACAGCAUACGCCAUAAUUAUGGAAAGGAAGGGAAGAGAACUGAUUAUACUCCCUAUUCUUGUCUAAAGAUUAUUUCAUCUACUCCCGGAGCUGGAGAUCAUCAUGGUUGCCCCUAUCGACAUUUCAGUGAAGAGAAUCUAAGAGCUGCUCUCAGUAGAAUGGGGGUAAACAGUCGAUCAAUGGAAGAUGUGAUAGACAAAGUGAGAAAUAGACAUUAUCAGUUGGCUUGCACCUUAACAUUUGAAGCUCUUCAUGGCAUGCCGUGUGAUGCAGGGAUUAACCAUCCAAAUCAAUACUUCAGUGACAGUAAAAAGAUAUUACAGUCUAAGAAGGAUUCUUCAGCCUAGAGAAUUUUGGUUAUUGCAGAAGACUGGUUCUGGGGCCCAUCUCAGGCGUGGGUUGGUGCCUCUAGUCAUGGAUUUGCAGAGCAGACAAUGGUAAAAUAUUUUAUGUAGCUUCCAAAGCAGUUCAAAGGCGGGAGUUGGUAUUCGAGUCAUUAUUAUCCUACAAGUCUGGUUGAAAAUCUGGCACGAUUGGAUAUUAACUUUGUAGUAUAUUCCUCUUUGUAGCCAAAACGCAUGCAUGUAACCUGCCCUAAGUUAAUUCUGGUAUGUGUAAAAUGCAAAGCGUUGUUGCACAUUAUGUGAGGAAACUGUACAGUAUAAAAAUGACAUUUAUGAGGGUGAUAAUUUAUAUAGAAUAUUGGUUGUAAACAGAGGUGUGGGAACCUUUCAAAGAAAGAUGUGCAGUUGGCUUUUGAUAUGGGUUAUAUGUAGGGGUGG